GCCGGCGCCGGCAAGAUGGCGGCCCCCUUGGAGCUCAGUUGCUGGGGAGGCGGCUGGGGGCUCCCGUCGGUGCACAGCGAGUCCCUGGUGGUGAUGGCUUACGCCAAAUUUUCUGGUGCACCCCUGAAAGUCAAUGUCAUAGAUAACACCUGGAGAGGUUCAAGAGGAGAUGUACCAGUUUUGACAAGUGAAGACAAUAUUGUUUCUCAGCCAGCAAAAAUACUAAACUUUUUAAGAAAACAGAAAUAUAAUGCUGAUUAUGAGCUCUCAGCAAAACAAGGGGCAGAUACACUGGCUUACAUUGCUCUCCUUGAAGAGAAGCUUCUUCCUGCAAUGCUUCACACAUUCUGGGUUGAGAGUGACAAUUACUUUUCUGUGACAAAGCCAUGGUUUGCAUCACAAAUUCCUUUUCCCUUGAGUUUGAUCCUACCUGGAAGAAUGUCUAAGGGAGCACUGAACAGGAUUCUCCUGACCAGAGGAGAGCCCCCGCUCUACCACCUCCGAGAAGUAGAAGCUCAGAUAUACAGAGAUGCCAAGGAGUGCCUAAAUCUUCUGUCAAACAGAUUGGGAACAUCUCAGUUUUUCUUUGGAGAUACGCCUUCAACCUUGGAUGCCUACGUGUUUGGUUUCCUGGCACCUCUUUAUAAAGUACCCUUUCCUAAAGUUCAGUUACAAGAACACUUGAAACAGCUCUCCAACCUGUGUCGCUUUUGUGAUGACAUCCUAAACAGUUAUUUUAGGCUUAGUCUUGAAGGCAUCUCUCCUGCUGGACAAGAAACGGUAGAUGCAAAUCUGCAGAAACUCACACAGCUUGUAAAUAAGGAGUCCAACUUGAUUGAAAAGAUGGAUGACAAUCUUCGCCAAAGCCCUCAGCUUCCUCCUCGGAAACUGCCAACACUUAAACUGACUCCAGCAGAUGAAGAAAGUAAUUCCUUACGACUGUCACCCUGACAGUCAUCAUGCUUUGUAUCCAAAGUUGUAUAAUUGUUGCAGUAAUCUCACUAAGUGUGCGAGGGCAAACAAGAAAAUGUCAUAAAUGGGUAUAAGGAAGACUCUAAAACAAAAGGAACUUUCUAUGACAGCAAUUUCUUUUUAGCUAGGAAGCUUGUGUUUUAGCUUGGCAAUGCACUUUAACUAACAUCAACGUGAAUGUUAAAUGAACUUGGGGAAAAAAGAAAACACAUUGUACUGUAUAUAAAAAAUCUGCCUUAACCUCGGCAGAUUUUUGUCUUUGGUUCACAUUUGCUGGCCAAAAGCUCCACUUCUGUUCUGAAUGUGCACUCUUAAUUUAUUCAAGUUAAUUUAUUAAUUUAGUUUCCUUAGCCCAGUUUGAAUAUCUAAUCUGUGGCUCUUGGGCUGAGGCCUUUUUCUUCUGGUUAGAAAUCUGAUGCCUAUUUUAGACAUUAGGAAAAGUAUAUUAUUCUAAUAUUCUAUUUACUUCAAUAGAAAAGCCUGUAUUUAACUUUAAAAAGCAACAAGGAAUGUGUUUUUAAAUUACGCUCUCAUAAGUCUAAUCUUUUGGGGAAAUAUAUAAAUAUUAAAGGUGGUUACAUACACUAUUUGUCUGACUAUAUGCACUUCAAUAUAGCAGUAUUUGCUGAUGAGUUCAAUAUAGGUGAGCAAGGGCUCUUUUAAUUUAUUGGAGCUUUACACCUGUGUAUUCGUAGUACAUCUUUAACUCUAGUCAUCUCUUUCUUGGACUGAUUUCAGGAGAGCUGAAUGUGUUGGUCAUUGUCACUAUGCCAGGCUGUAAAGUCUCACUGAAACUUGCCCAGGUGUUAGAUACCUCGCAGGAGGGGCCCACCGACAGAGUAAUAGAUGUACCUACUGUGCGCCUGGUCCGAGUUCACCGUGCUUGGGUCAGACCAGUGUUCUUUCAUAAGAAACAUAUCAUGUGGUCAAAAGCUUUAUGACAACUAAUUAUUUUCCAUAUAAUUUAACUACAGUGGAAGGAUCCAAUGGAAUAAUUGGAAAUAGCAGUUGAUUUUUAAGAACAUUUUCUAUGUAUUGGUUGCUGAAUGGUUAAAGGAUUUGCUGUGCAGGUAAUUUUUACUUAUAAUAGAAUCUUACUUAUUUUAGUGGCUGAGGUGCUGCUGUUGUCCUAAAACCACUUCUGGGUUUUUUUAAAUACAGGACCAUGUUUUUGAUUAGUGUCUUAAAAGACAACUAUGGUGCUCAGCAAAUCUUAUCACAUCCUGCAGAAACCCCCAGGUUAAGAAAACAGCUUUGUAGUCAAGAGAUUUGUCUAAUUUGAGCUAAGUUGAGCUCAGCUUUGACCUGUAUCUCUCAAUUUGUUCCGUAUCUAGGUAGCUAUUUAUACAAGAGUCUUUAAGUCACUGUAAAUAUUUUUUCUUGAAGGUUUUAAUUAAAUGUGAAACGUGGUAGUGUUCAAAAUCUUGUUCAUCUGUUUGGAUGCAUUGAGGGAAAGUAACUCAUGAGUUUCACAUUACUUCUGCAACAGGUGGGAAAGGGUGUGUGUUACGUGUUAGACUUCUAUUGGAUCCCAGCAAUUGGAAAUCUGUAUGAAUAUUCUAUGUUGGAAAUUAUGACCGCAGGACUUUAUUGUCCUCUUGGAAUUGAUGUAUCUUGGAGAAGGGUGGUUAGCACGUUAAUCAGACAUCUGUUUAUGCUUUAGUCAGGGUUAGUUGUUUUCAAUUAUGAUUUCUAUUAAAACUUCCAAAAAGCAUUUGAAGUGGCUUAUGAUUGUCAAACACGUGUAAAACAGGAUGACUAAAAUUAUUUUUUGAAAAAAUAAAAAAUGUGUUGGAGAGAGAACUAUAAUAGACCUAGCAGGUUCUAAAAUCAAGUGGUAAAUUUAACUCCGAGUUUCUCCAUGGGCAAAGUCAAAAGAUUAUACUGGGUUAUGUAAAUUUUUCUGUCCGCAAAACUACUAAUACCCAUGAGUAAGAAAACUGUUUUUACAUUUUUAUAAGAAUGUGGGAGAUUGUGUUCUUGUGACACAAAGAUGCAGCCAGUUAAGCAUACUGUCAUGUUUGCUGUGUUGGAAGUUUAAUCAAAAGAUGCCAUUUUAGGAUAACAAGUAUUUGUCAUUUUUUUAGUAGAGAAGACAACUGUAAGUAUGAUUUAUUUCCUUUUGGUCAUUCCUGCUUUGAACUGCCUUUAGAUGUAUACUGUAUGGGCCAUGAUGCUUCCAGACUACCUUUCCUAAGAUGCAAAAUAUGAUUUAGAUAAGUAAGACCUGAUAUGUUGGGUUACUUAGUUGACCUUGGUAUAAGCCAACGAGAUGCCCAGAAGCUAUCAUCGCACACACCACUCCAGGGACCAGCCACACAUAUAGGAAGCUCUUGGAAAGAAACAGCUUUCUAGAUAGGGCAGAGAGCUUGUGAUCAACCUGUCAGGAUCUGCUAUGGAUAAUUUGCUGAGAUAAAUGGUCCACAGUCUUUAAAGACUGUGAGCAACUUUCUUUUGGACGUGAUGGUGGAGAAUAAUAUGAUAAAAGGGACUAUGUUUGUGUUUGUAUUUCUUGGCAUUAUAGGAUUAGAAAAUAGGUCAGAUAAAGUAAAGAUCUUCCAUCCACAAACUCAUCGGUCAUCCAUAAGCCUGACCAUUCUCGUAAUACCAAAGAAACUAUAAAGAAUAUUGAGGAUAGUCAUUCCUACACACUGUUUUUUUUUUCCUCUAAAAGGUUGGCAUUAACAAAUGAAUCAAAUUUCAACCUAGGUAUAUUUGUAUUAUUUUUUGAGUGCUAGAGGAUUGGUGAUUCCACAUUAAAUCCAAAGCAUUUUGAUUUCCAUUUGUAACUUCUGUUCAUUUAAUAUUGCUUGAUAUAUUAACAUGAAAGAACAGGGAAGCUUAUUUCAGAGUGCUAAGUUACAAUUUUCAGAAGCCUGCAAGAUGGAAAACUAGACAUCGAAAGAGGCAGAAAUUGGUUAACAGUGAUAGUAUCUGAGAAAACCAAGUUUUAGAGGCAGCAUCUUGUGAAAAAAGUGGUAAAGUUGGUAGUAUGUUUUCUUAGAGCCUCUUCCAGGAAUAGACAUUUACGAGGUCUAUCAGAUUUUUUGACAGUUUUUCAUAAACUGUCAAAAAUUUUCUCUCUCUCAAACCAGAAUAUAAAUGCUUAAAUGUAAAGAUAAGAAGCUGAAUGAUGGUUACAUAGGACCACUCUGUACUAUUUUUGGAACUUCUUGUGAGUCUGUAAUUAUUUCAAAAUAAAAGGGUUUUAAAAAUAAAUUCAUUAGAGUAAAUUUAUCACUAUCUACAUAAGUUAUGAUUUAAAAUUUAAUGCUUCAAAUAUAGUAUUCAGUUCCAGAUGAAUAAAUACAUAAUAUAACUUAAAUAUAAUUUAUUUCAUUUUUGAGUUUAAAGGAAAAAGAAACUCAGGUUUGUAACAAAUGAUUAUGUAAAGAUCUAUUUUGCCUUGUCAGCAAAGAAAAAACAAGCUAGAACCAAGAACCCCUUUACCCUAGGAUAUAAAAAAAUUCUAUGAUUUUAUAUUUGUAAUUACGUCUUUUUCUUCCUGCGGUACCUGGGUUUACUUUUGAGGAUAAAUGUUUUGAGAAGAGCCCUUCUGUGUCUCUGUGUGGCAGUCCCUCUUUGCUGUGCACGUGUUCUCCAACUACAUAGCGCACGAAAUGCACUCUAGGACCACGCUUUAAUGAAGAAGGCUAGGCAUGUCUGCAUGCUUUUUAUUUUAAGCUCAUAGGGAUUCAGUGAUUGACUUUGUCUUGGUUGUUUAUAUAAUUAAAGUCCUGAGCAGAGCCACAUAGUGUAUUUUGGGUUGUGAUGGUGGUCUUUUGUGUAUGUUGUUCGCAUUAGUAAUUAUCUUUUGCCUUUUUUCUUAUUCAGCUCUGUGGAAUUUACAUCUACUUUUCACUGUUUUUGUAUUUCUUAAACAGAUUGUUAGGAAAUUUGCUAGUUACAUGAAUCAAAGAUCAGUAAUCCUAGCCUCAAAGGUUUUAUUGAAAUUUCAUGAGAUCUUCAAAAUGUUGAUUUUCACAGAGAUAUAAAGAUGGAGUUUUUUGUUUUUAAAGGAUUUGCAAAAUAAUUUAGCCCCAAACUCUUCUUGGGAAAUAAUAUUUGUUAGAAACCUGAGUUACCUGCCCUAGGCUUAAAAUUCUUGUGAUUGAGGUGGAGAGGUACUCUCAGAAUAAAAAAGCAUACAAAAAUUGUUUGUUGCAGAUGAGGAGUCCAGUGAUUACUGAUGAGAAUUAACAUUUUUGAGCAAUGAUGUAAGAAAGGGUAACUUUGAGUUGGAUGUUUGUAAAUAGAGGGUGAGUGUUACAAUAGAAGACUAUUCAGAGCAAAACAAAGUAGCUUCUAUAGAAAAAAAAAUACAGGAAAGUAAGUCUUUUUGUAUGCUCAUUAUUAAUUUGAAAUUAUAUUGUAAGAUUUUUUAAAAUUAUCUUUUCGUUUCUUGGAGAAGCAGUUCAAGAUAUAUCUUGGCAAAAUAUAUUUUGUAUUAUUAUGUAGAGGGUUAUGUGGUCAGGUAAGUUUGGGAAAUGCUGGGUUGGACAAAGUUAAGUUACUGUGGGCUUUUCAGGACCUUGGAUAUGCUGUGGUGUGGUUUCAAACUCUAAGAAGGGCCUGUAUUUUAUAUGCCAUUUCCCUAAUUUAUUUUUAUGUGGAUUUUUUUUUUAAGUAGGUGUCAUGUGAGAUUUUUGUCCUGGGAAAUACACUUAGGGAAAUGCUGCCCUAGAGUGUUUUUGCUUGUUUGUGCUCAUUGCAAAGGUUUCCUGUUGUUGGCUGCCCCUCUAGUGAGUGGUGAUAAAAUGGGAAGAGACAGGUUAGGAAUCCCUUAGACCAUGGAGUUGAUGGAGGAGUCACUGAGGUUUAAUUAAGUUGCUUGUUUAGGCACAUGAGGUCACAUGUUGGUCAGUCCAGCCUCUUUCCCUAGAAUCCCAGGUGGCUUGGAAGAGCUGUACAGAGGUGUGGACCGCUGGUUUCAGAGAACUAACCACUUCUUAGGCAUCUAUCAAACAGAGGGAACCAACUUGGAAUUCUAGAACAAUUUUCCAAACUGUUUUUGGUUAUACUUUAAAAGUGACAAAAAGAUUUCAUGUAUAACUGAAAAAUUGUGCUUCACAAUGGAAUUUGAUACAACAUUGUGAAAUGACUAUAACUCAAUUAAAAAAAAGUUAAAAAAAAGAAAAUUCACUCAUCAAACUAAUCACAGUUCCCUAUAAAUAUUAUAUCCGACAAAACUCUAGGGAUACAUAUGGUUUUGCAACCUUCACUGCACAAGGUCGUAGAUAACACUGUGUUAAAUAUAUAGUUCAUAGCUGCAUUCACUUUGUAUUCUUUGUGACAUUUUAUUGGCUCUCAUGCUGUUAUUGGUAAUAGGGUAAUGUCCACAGAACCAAAAAUGGCAAAAGAGUUUUUCUUCCAUUACCUGUGCUUUUUCCUUUUUUAAAAUAAGAAAAUCAUAAGAAGAGCACAGUAGGAAGGUGUCUCCAGUUCAAAUUAAGAAUCAAAUAUUGUAGCCAACAAAGGAGAGUUUUUAAAAAACAGUUCUGUGUUUUUAUAUAGAAAACUGUUGUAUUUUUUGAAACUUGUAAUUAUGUGAAGUGAUGGAUAUUAAGUAAGCAUUAUGGCAAUCAUUUUGCUAUAGACACAUAUAUUGAAUAAUUAUGUUGUAUAACUUAAACUAUUACAAUGUUACAUAUCAAUUAUAUAUGAAUAAAAUGGGAAAAUAUUUAAAAAAAUAAAAGUGACAAAAGGCAAUGGUAUUUGUAGCACUAACGUCACAUACAAGCUGGUCAUUAUAUACACACAGUGUCAUAGAAAGUUACAGUUGCUUUGGUGACAAAAGCAAAGGAAAUUUAAUAUUUUCAAGAUCUGUUACUGAAGAUAUGGCCUAAAUGAGGAUUGUAUGUUUAUGUGUGCAUUUUCUAAGAUGAGGGUUUAGAGUUUUUUUUAUUAAACUCUCAGCUGUUUUUAUAUCCUAAAAAACUUAAACCUCACUAGACCUCCAAAUUUUAGAAGACUAAAUAUGUCUGAUUUCAUUUCAAAGUAUGAAACCAGUUCACAAAUCAAGUGUAAGGAUGCUCUUUGUUUUCUGCAAUGUAUACUGUUGCAUAUUUGGAAAUGCAUGCUUUGAAUGUGUAUUUGAUAGAAAGCUUGCCUUUGGGUUUGAGUUGUGGUGUAAUGGUGAACAUCUCGCCAUGUGAAAAGCAGUUGGAUCUUUGUUCUGAUCCUUUAGAUUUCCUCAUGCAAAUUCGGAGAAAUGCCUUUUAAUCAUUGAGUUUACAUAUUGCAGAUCCUUGAAGGCAGGAAAAAAAGACUUGCUGGAGUUUGCAUCAGUCCUGAGCGAGUCAUGCAGUAUAGAGAAGGCUAUGCCGUCCAUUUGUUCUUGAGACUGUUGGCUGCCUCUCCUGCAGUGCUGGCAUCUUUAUUUCUUGGAGAAGGACGGGUGUACUCAAGCUUUUAUGUUAAUUGCAUAAAGAUGAGCUUUAUUCUUCUUCUGACUUGAUGUUUUAUUUUGUAAACUGAGAAAUAAUGCCUUUCCAUUUUUUCUGUUCAUUCCUGAAGUGGAAAUCUGAGGUGUCUGUAAUGUAACUUUAGCUUUCUGGAAGACUGAUAGCAAAGAGGACAAUAGGAAAUAUAUGUAUACUCAUACUGGUUUUGUUCCAUCAAGCUCAUCUUUGAAUGAUAAACAUUUCAAACAUCUGUUCUAGUGUACAAAUACUAUAGUUCUGUUAUAAAGUAAACAGUCUUAAAAUAAGCAAUGUUGAUCACAAUUUCAAUAUUCUAGCCUUGCCUAGUGCGAAUAUAUUUUACUGAGAGACUAUGUAUAAAUACCCAGAAGUGGUGAUGAUGAUCAUUGUUGUAAAGAAUUUAUUCUCAUAAAUGAGAAACUGGAUACAAUGUUGAAAUUGCUAUUUUUCACAAUAAAAUCUCAAAUUGCUUGAAUGUUUAUUAA